CUUCAACCCGUGACCCGCCAAAUUCGAGCAUUUCAAAGCUUCCGCCAAAUCCAGCCCGUGAGCUGCCCAAUAACCCGACAAAGCUCAGCUCUGUGUGUGUGUGUGUUCUAGUAAUGUUCGCUUCGUGAAGAGCAAUCAUCACACCAUGAAAAUUGGAGUUCAAACUCCACGAACUAUGUAACGCCGCCUUAAUUUGCGAUUUCGGUCGGCCGCAUUUCUUUAAAUUUUUGGCUGCUCGCCGGCUGUUCGUCGCCGGCCAUGGACCGCAGCCUGAAGCGUUUUCAGUUCCCCUUCCUCCUCCGUCCGCUUUAAAUGUACUUCCCCUUUCUCUGUUCACUUUUCUGCAAAUUUUUUGUUUGAUUUCUGGCCGCUGGGUAUUUGCCACCGCGCGCGAACGCAGCCGAGGCGGAGGUUGAAACCCUUAAUCAAUGUGGGAAAAAGGUCCGACCCAUGUCAAAUUUCGACACCAUGUUUGGAGCUCUGUCAUUCUUAUUCGCUUUGGUUUCUUUAAUCCUUUCUUUCUCAAAUGGCUGUGAAAUUGAUGAAGAUAAUAUUUUCAAUGUCAUUGAUUAUGGAGCCACAAGUGAUGGUUAUACAGAUAAUUCAAAGGCAUUUCUAGAAGCAUGGGAUGCAGCAUGCAGCUCCUUAAUUGAUUCCCCAAGAGUGUACGUUCCACCAGACGGGACAUUUUUAUUAAACCCCGUCACUUUUCAGGGCCCAUGCAAUGCACUCAGAAUCAGUUUCGUGAUUUCGGGGGUGCUUGUUGCCCCAGAUUCACCUAGCUUGUGGGAUGGGAUGGAUGCAAGUCAAUGGUUAGGAUUUACGGAUAUCAAUGGACUCAGACUUGAUGGGUUCGGGUAUAUUGACGGGCAGGGCCAAUCCUGGUGGGACCAGUCAUGUAAAUACCAUCCUGAGUUGAGACAUUGCACCAAAGUGGCUCCGACUGCGUUGAAGUUCCUGGGAUGCAAAGAUAGCAGUGUUAGCAAUUUAAACUUCAUAAAUAGUGCUCAGACGCACAUACUGGUGAGGGGCUGCAAUACCUUCGGCAUUCAAAAUGUGAUAAUACAGUCGCCAGGGAAUAGUCCAAACACUGAUGGCAUACAUAUUCAAUCAUCUCAACAAGUCAUCAUCUCCGAUUCUAGAAUAAGCUGCGGAGAUGAUUGUAUUUCAAUUGGUGACCACAUUUCUGAUAUUGAAAUCAACAGAAUUGAAUGCGGACCUGGCCACGGUAUUAGCAUUGGAAGCUUAGGAAAACGUGGAAAUUACGUACAAGUGGAGAAGAUUCACGUGGCUGAUGCCUUCCUCAAUGGAACCUCGAAUGGAGCUCGAAUCAAAUCAUGGCAGGUGGGAAGAGGAUAUGUUCGUGACGUAACUUUUGAAAAUCUUAGAUUCAACCACGUCAAGAAUCCCCUAAUCAUCGAUCAGAACUAUUGCAACAUCAGGGGCAAAUGCAAGGAGCGAGAAACUGGAGUUCAAAUAAGCAAUGUGAUUUACAAAGACAUAGUUGGGACAUCCUCCACUGAUAUUGCUAUUAACUUCAACUGCAGUAAGUCUGUAGCAUGCUUUGGAAUAUCAAUGGAGUCCGUAUAUUUAUCGUCAGCGAAAAUUGGGAAGCAGGUCACUGCGUAUUGUAAUAAUGCUUAUGGUGAAGAAACUGAUGUGGUUCCUGGUCCUUGUCUUAUUGCUGAAUAACUGAAUAUAUAUAUAUAUAUAUAUA